AUGCCACUUGAUGAAGAGAAAGUCGAAGCAGAUUCAGAACACCAAAAGUCUUCGUCUAUCGAUCCGCAACAAUGGUCUUCUCGAAUCAGACUGCGGGCGUCGGUCAUCAUGGGACUUUUUGCAUUUCUCGAGCCAUUUGCAUCGUCAAUCAUCGCUCCGGCACUGCCACUGGUUGCUGAUGAGUUCAAUAUCACUUCUUCCGUUGAGCGAAAUCUCGUGUUGUCCGCAUUUGUGUUACCAUAUGCCCUCGGCGGCAUACUGCUAGCACCCAUGUCCGAGAACUUUGGUCGAAAACCCGUACUCUUAAUAUCGGCAGUGCUCUUCCUUGCCUUCACCAUCGCUUGUGGCGUUGCUCAAAGUAGCGCUCAGCUCAUUACGUUCCGUGUGUUCGCUGGCUUGGGAGGUUGUGCACCUCUGGCAGUAGGAGCAGCUAUGAUAAGCGACCUGUAUACGCCUCGAGAACGAGGCUCACCUAUGGCCAUUUACAUGGCAUUGCAGCUCGCUGGUCCUUCCUUGGGGCCCAUAGUCGGUGGCUGGGUAGCACAAACGAUCAACUCGUGGCGUUGGUCGUUCUACAUUUGCGCCAUUGCCACCGCUGUAGUCUUGCCCUUUGGAGUUUUUGGCUUACCAGAAACAUAUGCGCCACGCCUGAACCGCACGACCAAACAGCCAGUGUCUCAUUAUUUGCGCUCCAUAUAUCGCCCGGUUGUGUUGCUUGGAACGCAGCCCAUCAUCCAGGUCCUUGCAGCUUAUGCGGCCGUGAUAUUUGGUGUCUACUACCUGUUCCUCACGACCAUCGCCAGCGUCUUUGAGAACACGUACGGACAGUCAGUCGGCGUUGCCUCGCUGCACUAUCUUGCGCUCCUCGCCGGUUUUGCAUGCAGUGUCUUAGCAAGCGGCAAAGUCAUGGACAUCAUCUACAAGAAGCUGGCGUCGAACGGUCCUCGGCCUGAAGCUCGGAUUCCAUAUCUUGCUGCGAGUGGCACUCUACUGCCUGCCGGCUUGCUUGUCUACGGGUGGAGUGCUCAGAAGCAAGUUUUCUGGUUCGUGCCGGACAUAGGAUUAUUCCUCGUGGGACUAGGCAUCCUGGCUCCUCUGGCAGCCAUUCAGCAUUACGUCCUCGACUGCUAUGCCAAAGGAGGCUAUGCUGCUUCAGCAAUAGCCGGUAUGAAUGUCGCAAGGUUUCUGGCAGGUUUCGGGUUUCCGCUGUUCGCGGAUGUUCUGUUUGAUGCGUUGGGAUUAGGCUGGGGAAAUUCAGUUCUGGCUCUGAUAGCGUUCAUUGUUGGGACACUUUCCGUGUCACUAUGGGUCAUCGGACCACGUCUGCGGGAGAAGAGCUCCGUUGUAGCGUGCGCAUAA